AUGUCGGAAGGAUUUGGCACCGGCCAUCAGCAGGAAGCAGCAGCAGCAGCAGCAGCGGCAGCGGCGGCGGCGGCAGCAGCGGCGGCAGCAGCGGCAGCAGCAGGGCAGCUCGGGGAGGACAACAUUCUGGGGCACGGUGACGGCGAAGCACACGGAGACUAUCAGUGGGCGUACGGUACGAUAAUGGACUCGUCGCGCGUAUCGACCUGUCUCAUCUCGAUGCUCCUCAUCGUAUACGGUAGUUUCCGGAGUCUCAAUAUGGAGCAGGAGCAGCGGGAAAAGGAAAAGAAACGGCAGAGCGAAAGCAUGAACAACCUGCUCACCGGCGAACCGGUGCAGCCGGAACAAAAUAAAUUUGCCACCCUGGACACGAUGCACGCCCUGUGCCUACCGCUCGGGGCAUCCAUUUCCCUUCUGGUGAUGUUUUUCUUCUUCGAUUCGAUGCAAAUGCUGUUUGCUGUGUGCACUGCUAUAAUCGCUACCGUGGCUCUUGCGUUCCUGCUGCUCCCGAUGUGCCAGUACAUUAUUCGGCCCUGCACGGACGGCAAUCGGAUAUCGUUCGGUGUGUGCGGUCGGUUUACGGCUGCAGAAUUGUUUAGCUUCUCGCUAGCCGUGUCGAUCGUGUGCAUCUGGGUGCUGACUGGCCACUGGCUCCUGAUGGACGCGAUGGGCAUGGGCCUGUGCGUGGCGUUCAUCGCGUUCGUGCGCCUGCCGAGUUUAAAGGUCUCGACGCUCCUGUUGACCGGACUCCUCAUCUACGACGUGUUCUGGGUGUUCUUUUCGUCGUACAUCUUCAGCACGAACGUGAUGGUGAAGGUGGCGACGCGGCCCGCCGACAAUCCGGUCGGCAUCGUGGCGCGGAAGUUCAAUCUCGGGGGCUACGUGAAGGAACCACCGAAACUAAACCUACCCGGGAAGCUGGUAUUUCCGAGCAUCCACAACAGUGGCCACUUUUCGAUGCUCGGCCUGGGCGACAUCGUGAUGCCCGGCUUGCUGCUCUGCUUCGUGCUGCGCUACGAUGCGUACAAAAAGUCACAAACCACGCAGACGGCCGAAACUGGCGUACCGCCCCCGAGGGGCGUCGGCUCGAAGCUUACUUAUUUCCAUUGUUCCUUACUAGGUUACUUUCUUGGAUUGUUGACCGCGACUGUCAGUUCGGAAGUAUUCAAAGCGGCGCAACCAGCGUUACUGUAUCUGGUACCGUUUACACUGCUACCUCUGCUAACGAUGGCUUACUUGAAGGGCGAUCUGCGGCGUAUGUGGAGCGAACCGUUCAUCAUACAGCAGGCAUCGAAACAGCUAGAAGUAUAAGUGCAAAACCACAUUUCCGGAUUGUCGUGCCCGGAACGGAAGCGGAACGCUAUAGUAUUAAGUGAAACAAACGUUUAGACGGAAAGCAAAAGAGCAAACAGAUAGACAGAGAGAAAAACCGAGAGAAGGAAAGAAAGAGUGAAUGAGUGACAUUCACACUAGGUAACCAGUGUAAAAGUUAAAAGGUAAAUCAAAGUAGCAAAGUGGUUAUCGCAGCAGCCGUACGGACAAAUGUUGUGCGCCAACCGCGGAAGAGAGCUAAGCAGCUCGCGGUUGGUGGACAAUUACGUUUUAGGCUUAACGUAAGGGAACGGAGGACACAGCACAGCAUGGCAUGGCACGCAUAAUCAGCUAAGAUAAUUCGAAAGAUUUUGGUUUGUGAAUGUGAUUAGGCAUUAGUGUGAUUAGUAAUAUGUUUGUGUGUGUAUGCGUGUGUUUUGUGUGAGUAUGGCAUAUCCGGUUCGGAAAGGAAUCGGAAGAAACACUCACAAAAUUCAUUACCGGCGAAAAGCCGCCGAUCCGAAGCAGAGAGACACUCCAUCAAGGACACUGAAAAAGCAGUAUGCAUAGGAAGCAUCUCAUUAUACACACAUCGGUCGUGUAUGUCCCGCGACAAAUACGAGUCACGAGAUUUUUGACAUGUGCAGCGCACGCUUUGAUCGAGUGUACUGUUUUAAAAUUGAGUAUUUGUUUUUUUUCUUGUUUUCCUUUUUUCUCGAUUUCGCCCAGUUAAGGCACACACAUACACACAAACAUGCCGGCCGACGGCUGAUUCGAUGGGCUGCCACGGUUCAAGCGUAUUAUUUUAGACUGCUAAUCGUCCCGGGAAAAGGGCCCCUUUUCAUUUGGGAAGAUUGUGCAAAAUUAUUAAUGGCUGCCCGUAGCGCGUACCUUAAUGCAAUUUCAGUUAUUUAUGAUUUAUGUAAGAGACCUGAAGUUGAUGAAACCGAGUAUCCAUUAGUACCGAGUGAGCCCAUACUCUUUGUUUUACGCAUUCGCACUCUCUUCCUUUUUUGGCGUCCCCGGUUGGAGUCGGAUCCGGUGUACUGGCUGGCGGAAGGGUUGGCGAGAUAGACCCGAAGAAGAUACUCGUAGUUUACGUCGCAACUCAUCGCUUGGUACUCACGCCUGCUUUCCAAACAAACACACGCAUCCUCGUCACACGUUUUUCACGGAAACUUUUUUUGAGGGGACAAAAUCACCUCUGAAAGAGGCAUCCAGUGCCGGGUGAAAAACAAACACAAAAAAAUGUCAUAAAAACGUGUGCUUCAAAGUUUCCUUUGAAGGCACAGGCUGGGGCAGAAAAGAAAAACGGUUCAAUUAGACGGUAAGCCAAGAGUGCUGUAGAAAGAAGUAAGGUAGGGCAAAGGAGUGUUCGAGCAUUCAAAUGUGCAUAAUGCCACACAUGUUACGUGUGGGAACUACUUUGGAGACGCAUGUUUUUCAGUAUGAAUUUUCCCCGACACAACCGACAUUGCGUGCGGGAACUUCACAUCAACCGUCACCGCCGUUUUCUUCUCAUCAACCAAUAUUGUGCGCAUAAAGCGUGCCCCUGUCUGAUUCAUCAACCAUCCGUUUUCAUCGUCUCGCACGCUGGAAGUGAUUUCCUGUGUAAUUUUGCUUGCUAAUGUGUUCUGAUUCCUGUUUGCCACGGAACUGAACUUCGAUAUGAAUAAUGUGAUAAUAAUUUUUUUUGUAUAAUUUCAUACCUUCCGCUAUCUCGAAUGUAUACUUUAUAUACGAUUUUUUUUCUAUAAUCAAAA